AUUUUUUGAUAAAAUGAAAGCAUAAUUAAAAUUCCCAAUUUUUCUUUCUCAAUAAAUAAAAUACUCCUCCAAUUUAAAAACUCAGUCAUUUUCAUUUCUUUCAAUUCGUGCUCUCAAUUACACGCUUGCGACGGACCCAUGGACCCAUCUCGCGCAUUUGGCUUGCCCGAGGGCUACUUUGCUCAGCCGGGGUUUUCGGCAGACGAGUUUAUCGAGCAGAUUUCGCAGGGCGACCUUGAAUUCGCAAAAAAGAGCGCGACCUUUGAGCCCAAGCCGUUCGUGCGGACGUUCGAGCGCGCGCUGCAAAAGCUGAUAGACGCGCAGGAUGAGCUGGGCGCAAACAUCUCCAGCCUGGAGCGAUCGACAAAGUCGUAUUCCGAGGACCACCGCAAAAAGAUGACGCGGCUGAAGCAGACCUUUGCCACGGUCGGCAGCAGCUUUGAGCGUCUCGAAACUCAGAUCAGUGAGGUCAGCAGCAACACCAUUCGCAUCGGCGAGCAGCUCGAUACUGUGGCCAAGGAGAAGGACCGCGCGGGGGCCAUCAAGGAGCUGGUUGAGUUCUACGCUGAGCUCAAUGAAGGUAACACCGCGCGCCUCGACGAGCUCCUUGAUGGUGGCUCUGAGGGCAUGAUGAAGGUGGCACACACGCUGCGGCGGCUCAAUACAAUUGUCGUUGACAACCAGUACAGUGCGCCGACAGACACCGCGGCCAAGCGUCAGAUCGAAAAGUACUCAGAGGACUUUGAAAAGACGAUGCUGCGGAGCUUUGAGGCGGCGUACCGGGACAGCGACAUCCACAACAUGAGCAUUGCGGCACGCACCCUCGAUGCCUUCAACGGAGGUGUGUCGGUGGUCAAGGCGUACAUUAACCAGCACCCUUUUUUCUUGUCCAGCAUGAUCAGCCAGUCGCAGGACAGCAUUGCCGAGGCCAGCUACCAGUCGAUGGAGGGCAUUUCGGACAUCACGCAUUUGCCGCCGCCACCCGACCGCUGGCUGGCACAGCUGUUUGCGGACACGCGCGACAUGAUGUUCAAGGACUGGGCCGUCAUCUCCAAGGUCUUCCCGCGGCCCAUCGACGUCAUGCAGCAGCUGCUCAAGCGCGUCUUCGAGCAGACCAUCCAGAGCUACCUUGAAACUCUGCUGGGCCGCGCCGACCGCCAGUCCAAGCUGGCAUUUCUGCGCGUGCUCUCGUCGUCCCAUUUGGAGACUCGCAAGCUUGUUGAGGAUUUGCAGCGCUUUGACGCUGAAACCGUCACUCCCGCAGUCAUGGUCCUCGAGUCAACGCGCCGCUCGGCCGUUGCCAUUGCCGCCCUCAUAGGCCGCAGCGAGGGCGACAAUGCGGGCGUUGGUCUCUUGCACGGAUUCCUUAACCGCUGCUGUGACGACCUGUUUGAGUCCUAUAUUGCCGGCGGCAACUACAUGAGCGCUGAACAAGCGCAUCUAAAGGAGGCAUUCCGCCACGCGCUAGCACCCUUUUUGCGCGCGCGUGCCGAGCGACAGACCACCACUCGAGGCAAUGCGCUGCUGGGCAUGUUUUCAAACAUUACUAAAGACAACAACGCCAGCCAGGCCAAUAGUAGCGUUGCUAGCUCAGGCGCGGCGGGUUUGGGUGGAAUUGGCGGAAGCAGCACCAAUUUGGCCGGCGGACAGGCGGCGGGCGAGCCCGAGGGAACCGUCACCACGGCGGCCGCACGCACACUUUUGCAAGUGCACGCAGAAGCCAUUGCUCGUGCAGUCGAGCUCGAGAAUGAUAACCUGUCGGCGGGAUCUGUGGCUAAGCUGACUAGCCUGCUAACAACGACUCUCGGCGACGACUACAUGUUCCCUGCGCUAGAGGACGUCAUGGAGAGCCUGCAGGACCUCCGCCAGGAGCCCGAUCUACGUAUCUUCGGCGUUAUCCGCACGGCCAAUAUCAUUGUACGCCUGGUGCAGAUACACUUCCAGCGCGCCCUCGUCCCAUUCGUCGGGACCAGCAGCUAUAUUUACCGCGACAUGGUGGCUGAGAAGAACCAGUUGAUGUCGAGGGUCGAGAUGAGCCUCAACCUGAUCAGCAACAAGCUGGUCGGCGCGUGCACGCAGUGGAUAACGGGCAUCCUGAACAAGCAGCGUAAGAACGAUUUCCGCCCCGCCGAUGACGACUUUACUGCGUUCGAGAUGGGCACACAGCCCUGUCGCCAGUGUACGGACUACCUAUACCGCGUGCGCCAGGCGUGCCAACAGAACUUGGGUGUGGAAAACCGCGAACGCAUUCUGACCGAUGUAGGCAUUGCCUUGCACCGCAUGCUGAUGGAGCAUUUCCGCAAGUACGUCGUGAGCGUGGCUGGUGGCCUUGUCCUUGUCAAGGAUAUGUCAAAGUACCGGGAGGCGGUUGGCUCGUUUGGUAUUCCGGCGCUGGUCGAGAAGUUUAGUAUCCUUCAGGACAUCAGCAAUAUCUUUGUUGUGCAGCCUGCUUCUCUCAAGUCUUUGCUCGACGAGGGCCCGCUGGCACGGCUUGACCGGGCGACUCUACAGGCGUUCGUCCAGAUGCGCGAAGACAGCAAAACGUCUGGCCUUGUCCGGCAAUUCAUGUAGUUUUCUUUCGAUCAAUAAAUAAUUCAUUUUUAAUUUUUUUUGCAUAUGGC